UCGCCUUGGGCAGACGGACUCGAGUUCACGGCUCACCAAGUCAUAACUCGUAAUUAAAAAAAGGUUAAAACACACCGCGCACGAUAGCAUAUGUGCUUGCUUCUUCCAAAUACUCUCUCUCUCUCUCUCUCUUUUUCUUUCCCCUUUCCUCUCUUAAACCCUCCUAAAACCCUUGUCUCUCUCUUUCUCGUUCCUUCUCGUGAGAUCGCGUUAUGUCGAAUACGCUUACUUUGAUUCAAAGCAAUGCCUCGAAUCCCAAGGUUUGGGUGGUGAUCGGCGUGACGGUGGCUGGGAUUGUGAUUCUGGCGGAGACCCGGAAGCGGCGGAUUAAAGCCCUUAGAGAAGAAGACUUUGGUGCUUUCUUAGAUCGUUUUGAGCUUCUUCCAUUCCCUCCGCCGCCUCCUCCUGCAGCUAAACAAUCUCUCUCUGCUCUUACCUUCUCCAUAUCCGACGCGUUCGAUGUUAAGGAUUAUAUCACAGGAUUUGGUAGUCCACAAUGGAAGAAGACUCACGAGGCUGCUGAGAAAACUGCUGUGGUUGUCACAACUCUCUUGAAAAAUGGAGCUACUUGUGUUGGCAAGACUAUCAUGGAUGAGCUGGGUUUUGGGAUUAUUGGAGAAAACAAGCACUAUGGCACUCCUAUUAAUCCAUUGAUGCCAUCUAAUGUUCCUGGAGGAUGUUCCAGUGGCUCAGCAGUUUCUGUUGGGGCUGAACUCGUUGACUUUUCACUUGGGAUUGAUACCACUGGCGGUGUUAGAAUCCCAGCAGCCUUUUGUGGUAUUCUCGGUUUUCGACCAUCUCAGGGGACUGUUUCUUCUGUUGGAGUUUUGCCCAAUUCUCAGAGCCUAGAGACUGUUGGAUGGUUUGCCAGUGACCCAUCCGUUUUGUGUCAAGUCGGACAUGCCUUGCUAAACCUGAGUGCAGUAGCACAUAGAAGGCAAAGAUCUUUAAUCUUUGCUGAUGAUUUGUUCGAGCUCUCUGACAUUCCUAAGCAAAAGUCGGUGCACGUUGUCAGAAAGGCAAUCGAAAAUCUAUCUGGCUACCAGACUCCAAAACAUGUUAACGUUGGCCAAUAUGUCGCUUCAAAUGUACCAAGUCUUGCGGAAUUCUGUGAGCAAUCUGGAAAAUCCCAAAAUUCUGCAUCAACUUUGAAGGCUCUUUCAUCUGUGAUGUUGGCAAUACAAAGGCAUGAGUUCAAAACAAAUCAUGAAGAAUGGUCGCAAACAUGCAAAUCGUUUCUAGGGCCAAGAUUUUCCAAUGAUGUUGUUACAGCUCUGAAGAGCAGAAACGAGAGCAUUAAAUCACUCUACAGAGUGAAAACUGAGAUGCGGGCCACAAUUCAAAGCCUUCUAAAGGAAGAUGGAAUUCUGGUAAUCCCCACAGUCGCUGAUCCCCCUCCAAAGCUUAACACAAAGAACAAGAACUCUUUGAAUGAGUUUCUUGAUCGAACUUACGCACUCUCCAGCAUUGCUAGCAUGUCUGGAUGUUGUCAGGUUACAAUUCCUUUAGGGCAACAUGGUGAUCGUCCAAUAUCCGUGUCGUUUCUUACUUACUAUGGAGGUGAUAAGUUCCUUCUCGAUACAAUCCUCGAUGUAUAUGCAUCCCUUCAAGACCAAGCCAAACUUGCAUCCAACUUAGCUCCAGUGUCUGACACCAAUGGUAAUAUGGAGGCUUCUGAAGUUAUGAAGGAAAAGGGCAAUGCUGCAUACAAGGGGCGACAAUGGAAUAAAGCAGUAAACUUUUAUACUGAAGCUAUAAAAUUAAAUGGAGCAAAUGCUACUUACUUUUGCAAUAGAGCUGCAGCUUUCUUGGAACUUGGCUGCUUCCAACAAGCCGAACAAGAUUGUACAGAGGCCAUGUUGAUCGAUAAGAAGAAUGUGAAGGCAUAUUUGAGACGAGGGACUGCCAGAGAAUCACUUGUCCGGUACAAAGAAGCUGCUGCAGAUUUCAGGCACGCAUUGGUCCUUGAACCACAGAACAAGACAGCGAAGGCUGCUGAAAAGCGACUCCGAAACUCAUGAGCUAAAAGGAUUAUUAAUCGAUUUCUUGUUCACCAAUCUCUCUUUUACUUAUCUAAAACCCUAAAAAGGAAAGGUUUUGAUCCUUGGGUUCCAAGAGAUUAAUAAUAUAGUGGUUUUGUGACGUGUGUACAGAUUGGGAUGAAACCUUUCACCUCUAAUUACUUUGAUCGGGUCUUUUCAGCUU